CGCCAAAGACAGGUUUGGGGGUUCUCUUGGAGACAAACCAUGCAAGUUUAAUCUCCUGGUUGUACGUCACUCCCGGCCUGCCUUGCAAACAGACGCCCGCCAUCAACAUCAACGUCCGCAUUAUUCGUUUCCCAUUCACUCACCCGCUGAAUCUUUACCUUCUUCUUGACCGACACCGUCCGCUACGCUAUGCUCUAGGCACGCCGUCUACAGGACCCAGUCGUUGUCACAAUGGCCGCUACUCCAACCCAGGGCCAGAGCAUUGCGUCCAUCUUUGGCAUAACCGAUCCUGAUAACACGCCAGGUGCCCUCAGUCACCAAUCGUCCAAUGCCCCGUCCAUAGCAGCCGGUCAGACGCCCCCGUCUGCCGUCUCCUCGACCAAUAACACCUUCAUCAUGUCCAACUCCCCAGUCAAGACCAUGCCUGUGGCUGAACGCUAUCGACCAAGGGUCACGCGAACGAUUGGCCAGCGGCCUGCCUGUCUUGUCAAUGCCACCAUGACUUACUGUGGCAAUAAUCAGAUUUACGCAUUCGGAGGAUUUGACCAAUUUACAGACGAGGUGUACAACCACGUUCUGCGCUUGGAUCUGACGACGCACCAGUGGAAUCUGGUGGAUAACUACGGUGACAUUCCCGGCGUACGCAUGGGGCAUACCGCAACUCUCUACAAAGGCGAUAAACUUCUUAUUUUUGGAGGCGAAAACGAGCACCGGACGUACCUCUCUGACCUCAUAAUCUUCGACCUCAAGACAGCCCAUUGGACACAACCAACUGUCUCGGGCCCAAUACCAAAAGGACGAGCCAGGCAUGCUGCGACCUUGCAUGAAGACAAACUUUUUAUCAUUGGCGGCAUCACUGGCCAAAAUAACUAUGUGCUCGAUGAUAUCUGCUACCUUGAUUUGAAGACCUUUACGUGGUCCAAGACUUGGCGCUUCGUUAGCCGCUUCGACCACUCUGCAUACAUCUGGGGUGAUCGUGUCUGGGUUUUUGGUGGCCUGAGCGAAGACAUGGAUAAAGUUAGCGACUUGUGGUGGCUUGAUCUCAAGGGCAGUCCAGAAUUCGACUCUCGCCCGCAAAGCGGCAUGUACGAUCGGCAGGUUGCGCUCUCUCGUGGAUCGCCCCGACCACCAUACAGUCUGUCCGGAUCACCAGUCGUUGGCGCUUCAGGCUAUGCAGCCAAUUCUCGCACAGCCCAGGUCAAUCCGCCGUCCGUUCAACUUAAAGCAUACGCGCCAAUGGCCCCUGGUGCGAUCGCUGCUAUGAAGUUUGUAGGUGGCCCUCACAUUCCGUCCCAGGGCUCGGGCAUCCACUACCACGCAUUUUCGUCCGGCACACUUUUGGACUUUGUAUCGCCUUCUGCUACAAUCAGCCACAGAGAGUGUUCAUUGUCUGCUCUUGACUUAACGUCCAUGCGCUGGGAAAAGCUAGCCGAUGGCCGAGAAAUGUUCAAGUCUGGUUACAGGUGGCAUUACUGCACCAUGAAUGAGGAUGGUACUAAAGCUUGGCUACUUGGCUGCCCCUUGGAUCCCACCGCGGCGGAAAUGGAACCAGGUGGUUAUGAAUUGUACUUGAGUGAUGUUAUGGAAGUAGAUUUACGCCGAUAUGGACUACUAGGCAAUAACCUAGCUCCGGAGCCAAAUCUGGAUCUCACAUCAUCCAGCAUGGCACGUGUAGUAGAUCAACCUGUUCGAGGACUCGGUGCAGACUUGGCUGGCCUUUUCAACCAGCCGCCAGAGUCGGGUAGCGGUGCCGACUUCAUCAUCACCGCUCUUGCAGAUGGCACUGAAGAAGAUAACCUCUUGAGUUCAGGGCUGAUCACGGGCAAUGGCGGCUCAGAUGAACGUAGUUGGCUUGCAGAGGACGCACCUACAUCGCAACCCAUACAUGUCCACAAACUUAUUCUGCAGGCACGUUGGCCACACUUCGCAAGAUUGUACAAUGCGCAGAUGGCUGAGUUCCAUACCAAGAAGAUGCACAUUCCGGAACCAUACCCAGUGGUCAAGGCAUUCCUCCUAUACCUAUACACUGAUAGCAUCAGUGGAACAACAGUUCCCAACAGCGACGCUGUCACUGAUUUGGCGGAUAUUGCUGGUCUCUUGGUCCUAUCAAAUCUAUACAACCUACCACGCCUCCGUUUGCUCUGCGUUAACCGUCUCUCUAAAGAGCUUGACGUGGAGCACGCCUGUGUUAUUUGGUACUGCGCCGGUCUUGCGGAUGAAGAAUGGCUGCGGAAGCGGGCUGCUGGGUUCUGCAUGACGCAUUGGGGCCGUAUAGUCCGCACAAAGGGCUUUCUUUCCCUUCCUCGCAGCGCGCUUGUCGAACUUUCUCAGGAAAUCGACAUGGAAGGCCGUGUCAUUGCCGGCGACGAAUUGGAAUGGGGAUCUAUGGGUAGUGGCCGGUUUGGGCGCAAGGAAAGUAUUGACAGUCAGGCCCAGCUGGAAUCUGAGGCUGACGAUGAUGACGAAGGCAUGGAAAUGACUUGAGCAAAUACAGUUUUGGCCUGGUGAAAUACUACUCUCAAGGAAGGGCAGUUUCAUGCAAGUCGCAUGUUUUCUUUGUAUCAUGAGAUUAUACGAGUUUAUUUACGAUACUGCUUUGGUAAAUAGCAUAGUUUAGGCGCUAGAGUCUCCUUUAUAGCAAUCCUUUACAUUUCAAAAGAAGAGUCAUCAUGAAAAGUACCGAGCACAGGGUUAUAUGAAAACAUUUUGUAUUACUGCCUACACAACGGCCAUAUAUAACGACCAAUGGAGCGCAUGCUUUUCCUCAUCCCCUAAAACCAAACUUUCUUUUUUUAAGACUCCUAUAAACGUUCUGCUUCCACUCAAAAUGAAGCAGAUGCUUGCAUCUUGGGAUGUAGAGAAUGCGGGGCACGUGUGUGCAAUGAUGUCGUGGUGAACUCUAUCAAGUGCAGAUCAAGUACAGAAACUCCUACCCACCAAAACGACAAAAAAAAGCAAAUGAAAACCAGAGACCUGAAACCAAACAUAGAAAGUCAAACUGGGCAAAAAAAGAAAUACAAAAACAAAGAGGUAUUAACGCUGGCCUCCUGAAGAGACGAGGCGCGCAGGCACCGACGUGCGCGCUAUUGCCGAGACGCAAAACGCUGUAGGGAAACCAGUGCAGUAGUCCAGAACCAAAGGUGUCAAGCACGCAGCUGACGGAGGAGCGAACACACUGCAAUGAGAAUACCCUGUCAAGUCAAUGAAUGAUAAACUUUGGGCAGUCGCCAUUGGAAAUCCAAUGGAGAAACUGCAACAAAGUGUUGUGGGGAAGGGGUGGGAAUCAACGCCAUAGCAAUGUACCAAAACGGUAACCGAAAUCCUGUAGAGCCAAAAACUUUUGUGUAAACCAAGAAGUGAGUUGCAAGCAAUUAUUCACAAGUCCGCUGAGAGCCUGCUCAGGGCCAUGUUGCCAGGCCCUCUCAAGGUGGUGGUGUCCUGGGGUGAACAACACGCCUUUUGCAAGAGUCUGGCAACAAGUCUGAUCAUAUACGUGAAUGUUGUAUCGUCGUCACUCCAUUGAGAAGGAGGUGACUUUGAUGGGAGACCAGCUCAUUGAGUCUGAGGCAUGGCAUCUUCUGUGAUACCAGGCAAGCUCAGACCAGCGGCCAUUGCUUGCAUCUUGAACUCGGGGUUGCAAGGCAGGGAGUGCGACUUGUGCUGUAUUUCCGGUCCCGUUAGCAAACAAUGUUGGAUCCGGUUCAGAACGGGCUGUAAGCACUUACGUAUUUCAAACCGUUCAAGUUCUUGUAGCGCUUUCCGCACGUCUCGCAGUUGAAGGGCUUCUCCUUCUCCAUGCCCAUUGUUCCGGGGUACGGUGCGCUCGUCUCGGGAUUUACAAUGGAGAAUGUUCCGUCGCCGUUUUCGUGCAGCUGCUGGGUCUGAUGACCGUGAGCCUUGUGGUACCUAAAUCGCACGUGGUUAGCUAUUAUUGACUACGAACUUUUUGUUGUGCUGUGUUACAGCAACCAUGGUGCUACUUACUUGAGACCAUUCUGGUUCUUGUACGCCUUCUCGCAACCGAUAACAGGGCACUUGAAAGGCUUGUGCUCUUCAGGCAUCAUCAUUGUCUGCAGGCGCUGGAGCAGGAUCUUGUUCGUCUCAGGAUCGGCAAACUGGCCCUGGGUGAGGCCAAGCUGAGCGAGCUGUGCUUGGAUGGUUCGGUUUCCGGGAGCAGCGUUAAAUGUACCGUUGGGGCUGAACAGGUGCUUGCCGGGGUCGUCGAUGCAAAAGUUGUUUUCGGCGUUGCCGUCGAAGCCGUCGUUCAUGUCGGCAGCAUUACCACCACCCAUGGGCAUACCAGGAAUGUCGUCAUCCAUAUCAUCCAUGCCCUGCUGGCCGCCUUGGGUCAUUUGCUGCUGUUGCUGGGUGGUGAGGGUAGGGGUGUUAACGGAGGAGACGGUCGGGUUGUGUUGGAUACCAAAUGAUGCGGCAGCAGGGGUUGUUGGCUGCGAGGUGCGAAGGCCCUGAGGGAAUCCUGAUGUGUUCAUGUUGAGCUGGGGGCGUUGCUGCUGGCCGAACAUCUGGCGAGUUUGCGUCAUUCGUUGGCUGUCAUCCAACUCCAUGUUGCCAAUAGCAUCAUCCAUUUCCAUAUCAGCGACAGCAUCCAUGUCAUCGUGCAUGCCACCGCUGAGAGCGUUCAUCUGCAGCGCAUCAAGACCAACGCCUUGGGGCAUGCCCAUCUGUCCAGGCAUAGGCUGCUGGCCGAGUUGGCCGUUGCCCUGACCAGGAGUCGGCGUGGUGCGAGAGCUGGGCAUAUGGUCAUUGUUCAUUUGACCAAAGGGGCCGAAUGCAUUAUUGCGCGCAUUGUUUGGGCUAGGUUGGGUAUGCGCUUCUUCGUAGUGUUGGAGAAGGUCGUGAAGGUUGGGCAGGACCUUGCCACAGCAUGUGAAAUCCCGCAUGAAGCUCGCCUCCAACUUUGGGAGGUAUGAAGACGAGUGAAACGAAGGUGACUGCUGCACGCCAAAUGGGGAAUUUCCUUGCAUCAUAAUGCUAGAGAAAGAAAGACAUGUUAGCGAUCCGUUGUUAGCCUUGCACGAAAAAUGACGAUUGUAGAAAAAAAAAAAGUUGGGAGUUGCCCCGCGCAUGCGUCAACACGCAGAGUAAGAGCACCGUGCGAUGUGUCGCUGAAGGGCGAAACCCAAAAUAAAAACGGUAGAAAAAAUAAAGUAGAAGCAUAAAAAAGUUAAACAGAGUAGUUUAACUGAGAAAAAAGGGCAUGGUGAAGGUACGAUCGGGGCGAAGCAGGUAAAACCGCUUGCGCAAAGAUGGGGGGUGGGAAACUUACUCGUCUCUAACAAAACUACCAAAGGACAUGCCUCCCCAGCUCAUGCCGCCCAUGAGACUUCCAGCCAAGCUUUCACGGCGGUUUCUGUUGAUGCUUUCGCGACGGGUGGCAUUAUUCAUAGAAAUAGGCUUAGGGCCCGCGCUGACGAAGGAAUCUUGCCGUGAGCGAUCCAUGGCUCCAGCGGUCAUAGCAAUGUCGAACUGCUCGUUAUAGUGGUCGUUGCAGGCGUCGUGCACGGGGUCUUGGGCCUGGUGGUGAUCGAGAUGGAACUCGAGGUCGGCCGGAUCGAGACGAAGUUUGCUGUGCGAUGUGGAGAGGAGGGAGACGGUGUUUGUGGUGUCAGCGACGGCGUGUUUUGCGAAUAGUUGGGCGGGUGGUGUUGCGGGAGUGGAAGUUGGUGACAGGGUGAGCGAGGUGGAGAGGAGAGAUGCGGGCGACGGAGCGUGCGAAGAGGAGGAGCCUGAAGAGGAAGCGGAGGCAGUGGCAGUGGCGGUGGCGGGCGACGAGGACGAACAGGCGUCGGGUGUACGACCGCUAGCAGCAGCACUGGUACCAGCACUGCGAGCACCGCUACCAACAGCGCUAGUCGAACCUGCUGAGGUGCUGCUGCAAGCGCUGUUCCAGACGUGGGGCGGCCUUGCGCUUCCGGUGGGCCUGCUGCUGGUCGUGCUGCUGACACCUUUAGCGGCGGUGGGCGCCACCGUCGCAGCGCUAACACUGGCAGCCGUAGCAGCCUGUGGGAACGACCUGUCUUUUUGAAACAGGGUGCUGAGGCCGCUCUGCAUGGUGUGUGUGUUUCUGUGUGUGUGAUGGAGUGCAGAGGAGAGAGAAACAGAGACAAAAAAUAAAAGCAGAGAAGAACCGUAAAGCAGUGCACCAGAGGGUUUUAAGUCUGCAGCGUACAGAAAGGGAAUAUCUCCGCGCGCUUUCCGAGCCCUGGCUUUUUGGGUUCGAUUCGCCGAGCACAGGCGGAGGCACCUUGCCCACCUAGCGAGUCAAAAACUCUUUGUAGCGCUGGUGAUGGUCGGUAUACUUUUGGCUGGGCACAGAAUUUGGCUCUGGCGGGCGGGACCCUCCUGUACUCUGUUCCUGUAGGAGGUAUGAUGUGCUGUGGUGGUGCCUGGUAUGUACUGUACUGUUGGUGCUUGCUGCUACUGCGGGCGGCUUGGUCUGGGUGCGGGUGCGCCGGAAACGUCUGCUCAGUUGACGCGAGUGACGUCUGCAAGCGAAAGGAAGCUGAGCUGGGGGUGAGUGAGGCGGUAAUUCGCGGCGCGGCAACAAACAAAAAAGAAUUAAAUAAAAGAAAAAAGGAAACCCUAGGGAAAUAGAUGGGGAGAGACAAAAAGAUAAAGAGAGAGAGACGAAUUACUUCAACAAGGGACAGGACG